AUGGACUUGAAACAAUUCUGCGGCCGACGCAAUGGACGUCAAAUCGCACUAAGCACUUGCGAUCCAGAGGUCCAUGAAAAGUCUUGCGAUCGUGAAUACGACCUCUUUGUCCCCGCCAGCGUUUGCCAGAACAUGGACACCAACCAGACGUAUAUUGGUGGACUCUUGCCGACAGUAUUUGCCGUUCACUGUCAAUUCUGCCAUGCCAACGACAUGUAUCACUGGGAGACUGUCGCCACAAAGUAUAAUUUUGUGUUGGUUGUCCCACACGGAUACGAUGAUACCUUUAAUGGCCAGCAAUGUUGCGGUCAUGCCGUCGAAAAAGAUAUUGAUGAUGUCGCAUUCUUUCAAGACGUCAUUGAUGAUAUCAACGAUGAAUUUGAUUUCGUCUCUAAAGAUAUUGUCUAUGGUUAUGGUCACAAGAAUGGUGGAUUUAUGGUAGCCCGUGCGGCCAACUUGUUCCGAGCCAUUGCUCCUGUUGCUGGAUAUCACGUAGAUCUUCCUAAAUUGCACAAACCCGUCGGUCUUUUCUUGCAUCACAGCGAAAAUGACAAGUCGGCCCGCAUCACUGGUUGCUGUGCGUCCAGCUUGGAGGAGUCGGAGGACCCAAAGAUUGAUACUCAACAAUGUUCGGGAGGUGUUGAAAAUCUGUUGGAUACCUGUACGUCUGCGCAUGAGUUCGUCCAACACUUUGGAAAACAUGUCAACCACUGCGACCGCGGCGAACCCGAAAUGAUCUUUGAGGAUGAGAAACGACAGAUUACUUGUUUCCAGCAUUCCAACUGCAAGGCCAAUACGACCAUGUGCAUUCACGCAAAUGGCGGUGAUUUCAAGCCCGUCAAGGACCGAUUCCCAAUGACUAUGGAAGUGGCUGAUUUCUUUGCCCGAGAUGCUUGCUUCUUGUCCAAGGGAAGUUCUUGGGUGACCGAUGACCGCAAUCCCGAGUGCGUGUGCAAGGAUGAAAAUAGUACCGCUGUCUAUUGUCUGAACGAAUACCAUGUUGGAUUUUUCGACAACUUGAAUUUGGGCCCUGUCGAAGAUUUGCCAAUAUAUAUCUCGCUUCCAGUAUUUCUUGUGACGGUGCUUUUGAUGGUUUUUGGAAUUUGCCGCAUGCGUCGAAAGAAUGCUGAAGAAGAGAAAUACAAGGACUUUUUCAAGGUGUCAACCGUCGAAAUGUCCGAGAUGGGGGACGACGAGGACGAGGACGGCGACGGUACUCCUUCCAAGUUCCGUCGACCGCUGAGCGGAAUGAUCUAG